CACUGUGCAUGGAUGUGUGUGUGUGUGUGUGUGUGUGUGUGCAGCAGGGCUGUAUGUGUGUAAGCUGCCUCCUCUCUUCUCGACUGACUGCCACCGAGUCUGACGGUGAACAAACGUGUGGGGGAAGAUUUUUUAAAUAAAAAAAAAAAAAAAAAAAAAAACAACAACAACAAAAAAAAAAACAACCGCAACACGCCGAUACUUUUAAAUUCACCCCCCCCUCCUCCUCCUCCCCUCCGGUCCGACGCCGCCGCCGCCGACACCGCCACCGCCGCCGGGUCUGCCCCUGAAACGAUGAGCCAGCCUCGGCCGGACGAGUUCAAGCCUCCUCCGGAGUGCCCGGUCUUCGAGCCAAGCUGGGAAGAAUUUAAAGACCCGUUCGCUUUCAUCAACAAGAUCCGUCCCAUCGCUGAAAAAACUGGCAUUUGCAAAGUCCGACCUCCGCCGGGUUGGCAGCCUCCGUUCGCUUGCGAUGUUGACAAACUUCACUUUGUCCCUCGGAUCCAGAGGCUCAAUGAGCUCGAGGCACAGACCAGAGUUAAGCUCAACUUCUUGGACCAGAUUGCCAAAUUUUGGGAUUUGCAGGGAUGUGCCCUGAAGAUUCCUCACGUGGAGCGGAAGAUUCUGGAUUUAUAUAAGCUACAUAAGCUGGUAGCAGAUGAGGGUGGCUUUGACAUUGUCUGUCGGGACAGGAGAUGGACCAAGAUUGCACUACAUAUGGGCUUCGCCCCUGGCAAAGCUGUCGGCUCACACCUGCGAGGGCAUUAUGAGAAAAUACUUUAUCCCUACAGUCUGUUUCAGAGCGGAGCGAACCUGCUGGCACAAGAGGCAGCUUCCAAACUGAUGCGUUUGGAGGCUGAUCCUGAACUUGAAAAGUGUGUUCAGAAGCCGGUCCAGCCGCUGGAGAAAACAGGAAGCAUGGAGAGCAUGGAAACCAAGGAGCACAAGCUGCUGCAGGACCAGGCUCAGAGGCAGUCGUGCCAGACGCCGGACGCCUGCCCCAGCGCUCGCAGAGCCAAACGCAUGAAGUGCGAGGCAUUCUGUGUGAAGACAGAACCAGGUGAGCCCGGCGAGAGCAAGCCGAACCUGAGGCGGAGGAUGGGCUCUUUUGUCGCCAAGCAAGAACCAGAAAAAGAGAUUCCCAUCCCGGUCAAACAGGAACCAGCUGAAAUUAAAGAACCAGUAAUUGAAGUUGAAAAAACCAAGUCACGGUACAAGAAAUUCAUCCUUCCUGUUCCUCCGAGUCCACAACAAGGAAAAACGGCUCCAGGGAUUUCUACAAAUACGAUCAAAUACAAGGUGGAUCUGGUUGUGUGUCUGGUGUGCGGCAGUGGGGGUGAAGAAGACCGUCUGUUGCUGUGUGACGGCUGUGACGACAGCUACCACACCUUCUGCCUGAUCCCUCCUCUGCAUGACGUCCCCAAAGGAGACUGGAGGUGCCCCAAGUGUCUGGCUCAGGAAUGCAGCAAACCUCAUGAGGCGUUCGGCUUUGAACAGGCGUACAGAGAUUAUUCCCUGCGUGCAUUUGGCCAAAUGGCUGAUGCAUUCAAAUCUGAUUACUUCAACAUGCCGGUUCAUAUGGUACCCACAGAGCUGGUGGAGAAAGAGUUCUGGCGUUUGGUGGGAGCCAUUGAAGAGGACGUCACCGUAGAAUACGGAGCCGAUAUCGCCUCAAAGGAGUUCGGGAGCGGAUUCCCCAUCCCGAAUGGAAGAUUCAAGGUGUCGCCUGCUGACGAGAAAUAUCUUCAGUGUGGCUGGAACCUGAACAACCUGGCCAUGAUGAACCCGUCUGUACUGACUCACGUGACGGCUGACAUCUGCGGGAUGACGCUGCCGUGGCUUUAUGUCGGCAUGUGCUUCUCCUCUUUCUGCUGGCACAUCGAGGAUCACUGGAGCUACUCCAUCAACUACCUGCACUGGGGGGAACCUAAAACCUGGUAUGGAGCUCCUGGUUUUGCAGCAGAACAGCUGGAGGAGGUGAUGAGGAAACUGGCCCCGGAGCUGUUUGAGUCUCAGCCUGACCUGCUGCACCAGCUGGUCACCAUCAUGAACCCCAACACCCUGAUGGCCCACGGAGUCCCAAUUUACAGAACAAACCAGUGCGCUGGAGAGUUUGUCAUCACGUUUCCGAGAGCUUACCACAGCGGCUUCAAUCAGGGCUUCAACUUCGCUGAGGCGGUCAACUUCUGCACUGUGGACUGGAUGCCCCUCGGCAGGCAGUGUGUCGAUCACUAUCGUAUGCUGCACCGGUACAAUGUGUUCUCCCACGAUGAGAUGGUGUGCAACAUGGCCUCGAAAGCAGACACUCUCGAUGUGGUUCUGGCAUCCGCUGUCCAUAAGGACAUGGUGGCCAUGAUCCGAGAAGAGCAGCAGCUGAGGGAGAAAAUAAAGAAAAUGGGGGUGUUGCAUUGCAUCGAGGCAAAAUACGAUCACCUCCAGGAUGACGAGCGGCAGUGUGCCAAGUGCAAAACCACCUGCUACCUGUCUGCCGUCACCUGUCCCUGCAGCCUGGGAGUGCUGGUCUGUCUACACCAUAUCAACGAUCUCUGCUCGUGCCCUGUCGCCAACUACACACUGAAUUUCAGAUACACACUGGACGACCUGUACCCCAUGAUGACUGCUGUGAAGCAGCGAGCAGAGCUGUAUGAUGACUGGGCCUCCCUCGUGACAGAGACUCUAGAGGCCAAACUGGAAAAGAAGAAAGGCCUGCCAGUGUUUCGCUCCCUCCUCGCUGAGUCCGAGACCAGGCUGUUCCCCGACAACGACCUGCUCCGUCGGCUACGUCUGGUCACACAGGACGCAGAGAAGUGCGCCUCGGUGGCACAGCAGCUAUUAAACGGAAAGAGGCAGACCAGGUAUCGGUGUGGUAGUGGGAAAUCAUGCAGCCAGCUGACAGUGGAGGAGCUGAGUUCAUUCGUGAGGCAGCUGUACAACCUCUCCUGCAGCCUCCCUCAAGCACCCAAGUUAAAGGAGCUCUUGAAUCGCAUCGAAGACUUCCAGCAGCACAGCGAGAAAGUCCUGGCAGACGAAGUCCCGAGCGUCGCCGAGAUCCAGAGCCUGUUGGACGUCAGCUUCGACUUCGACGUGGAGCUGCCCGAGCUGCCCCGCCUCCGAGUGAGGCUGGAGCAGGCACGCUGGCUGGAGGGGGUGCAGCAGGCCAGCGCUCAGCCCGCCUCCUUAACUCUGGAGACCAUGAGGAGGCUCAUUGACCAGGGCGUCGGCCUGGCACCUCAUCCGUCCGUGGAGAAAGCCAUGGCGCGCCUGCAGGAGCUGCUCACCAUGUCCGAGCACUGGGAGGACAAAGCGAGCAGUCUCCUUAAAGCCAGACCGCCACACUCCAUAGAGACUCUCAGCGCGGCUGCUGAGAAGGCGUCCGGCAUCCCCGCUUACCUCCCGAACUGUCUCCUCCUGAAAGACACCAUCAGGAAAGCCAGAGAGUGGCUUCAGGAAGCCGAGGAGCUUCAGGCCAGUGGUGGCGUACCGAUGAUGGACAGCCUCUCUGACAUGGUGCUGCGAGGACAAGCCAUCCAAGUCCACCUGGAGCCGUUGGACAGGCUGGAGUCUUUGAUGGUGGAAGUGCAAGAAUGGAAAGAGUCUGCAGCUACAACUUUUCUUCAGAAAGACUCAACCCUGACUUUACUCGAGGUCCUGUGUCCAAGAUGUGAAGUUGGAAACGUCGGCUCUCCAAAGAGGAAGGCGAAGAAAGGGAAAGAAUCGCCCAAAAGCAACAAGAAGAAAACACAGAGGCUCAACACUCUCAGCGACGUGGAGAAAGCGCUUUCAGACACCAAGGACUCUACCUCUGCAAUGGCAACUCUGGAGGAGCUGCGGGUGAGGGAGAUGGAGGCUUUCUCUAAUCUCAGGGCAGCAAAUGAGUCGAAGCUCCUUCCCACAGCGGACUGCAUGGACCUGAGGGUGUGCGUCUGUCAGAAGGCGCCCAUGGGCGCGAUGCUACAGUGUGAACUCUGCCGGGACGCCUUCCACAGCGUGUGCGUCAGAGACCCGUCGGACUCCAGCGAAACACAGCCGUGGCUCUGUCCGCAGUGCCAGCGAUCAGAAAAGCCCCCAUUGAACAAAGUCCUCUCUCUGCUCGCGUCUCUGCGGCACAUAGGGGUUCGCCUGCCGGAGGGCGACGCGCUGCAAUAUCUGGUUGAGAGGACAGUAAACUGGCAGCAGCGAGCGCAGGACAUUUCACAGUCUUGUAACCUGCCGGAAUUGGAAGAGAGACCGGGAACUCCUCCCACCUUAACGCGCUGGGCAUCAGGGAGCAACGAAGCUCAGAACAACACUCAGGCUCCUUGUUUGACUCCGGAGUGGAAUAGGACAAGCCAUGCUCAGACGGUCUUCUACACCGAGCAGAGAUGCAUCCCGCUGCAGGGCUUGAGUCGGGAUCUGGAGGAGCUGAUGGUGGAGGGGCUCCUGCUGCAGGUUUCUCUGCCGGAGGUCCAGACCGUCUACCACGUUUUAUUGGACAGAGCCAACAGUCAGCACACAGACAGAUGCAUGUCGCCACCGCAGGACGAGUCCACAGACUUCGACAUGCAGUUAAACUCUCAGGGAAACAAUCUGCCACUGAACCAGGAUGGCGUCCACGGCUCCGAGAAGAAAACAAAGCGGCAUCUGGAGAGGGAAGGUUCAGACACGGAGCGCAGGGGGAAGGACAAAAAGCACUCUCACAAACGACAGAAGAUGAAUAAGAAGAACCUGCAGCGCAGGCAAAACUCGUCGUCUCCGCGCUCCGAUUUCUCUCAGUCCGACGACUCCGAUGAGGAAAUGGCCGUGUGUCCGGCGGAGAGGUGUCAGAUGCCAGAAGGAGACGAGGUGGAUUGGGUCCAGUGUGACGGCAGCUGUAACCAGUGGUUCCACCAGGUCUGCGUUGGCGUUACGGCCGAGAUGGCGGAGAAGGAGGACUACAUUUGUGUCAGGUGUACACUGAGCGAUGGACACGCGAGAAAAUGAAGAAGAAGGGUUUUUUUUUUUCUUUUUUCUGAAGGAAGUCGUCGUCGUCGGUCCGUUUUGUUGGAGCCACCCAGUCUGGAUGUGUCACUGAUCCUGUACCCCGCCGUCACCUCCCUGUCCCGUCUGUCCGACCCUUUUGUAACAACGGUGCUAUCUCCUCUUUGACUUGUUGUCCAGAACUAUAAUGUUUAGUUAUUUUUUUUUGUAUUUUUACAUAUAUAUAUAUAUAUAAUAAUAUAAUAUUUAUAUUAUAUUCUAUCUAUAUAUAUAUUUCUUUCUUCUUAUGAAUUGUUUGUGGUCGUCUAAAUGAAAAAAAAAAACAAAACAAACAAAAAAAAAAAUCAGGAUGUGAAGUGUGCUGCAUGGGAUUCCAUUACACCGACGCAAAGGAGUCUUACAACAUGAUGCACCCAGUAAAGACGGUGAAUCGAAGGUUAAUAUUAUCUUCUCUGGGACCUCCUUGCAUGUUAAACCAGAGCUAAGGGGGCAGAAGUCGAGGUUUUCAUCCACUAUCCCCCCCUUAAUUAAAAAAAAAUGAAUAAAUAAUAAAAAAAAAAAAGACAAUUUGUUUCUUUAAAUCCAGUGUUUAAUACAUGCAUCUUAAUAUAAUUAUUCCUCUUUUUUUUUUUGUAGAAUAGGUUUAUUUAUCUGAGCAAUAAUUUUUGUCUGAAUUGACUUUAAUGGCUUGAUCUCCGCUGAGUUGUGUUGGUGCUUUAGCGAUGGUGUGAUGUACAGAAGGCUACACAAAGGUUUGGGGUGGAUUACAGCUGUGGAGUGGCUGAUGGAUGGUGGAGCAGGACACCAGCUGAUGUGUAAACUCCACACACACACACACACACACACAGCAUGUAAAACCCCGGCAGAGGAUACUGUAGGAAGGACUCUGGGUAGCUGAAGAUGUUACAAGUUUAUAUUGUGGAAUAAAGCCCUUUUGUUCUAUGGAGAA